AUGCGAAUAACACUGAAGAUUUCCAAUUGGGUCCAAGAGUACCAAAACGAGCAGGAGAUAGCUUACAUUAUCUUUGUGGGAAAUAAGACUGACCUUCCACCAAAAGUGACGGUCGAACAAGGAGAGGCUAUGGCGAGAGAACAAGGCUUCCAACAUAUGAGAUGUAGUGCAAAAACAGGGGAGGGUGUGAACGAAAUAUUCGAGGCACUUGCGAAGGGGAUUUAUGGAAAUAAGGAGAUCAUGGCGAUUCUCCCGAAGAAGAAUAACAUCACCGUUGUCCACUCAGAAAAGGACACAAACUGUUGCUGA